CGCAGAGAGCAGCCAGUCCGGGGCCGUCGCUCGCGGCGCUCAUCGUCCAAUCCGCAUCGAUCGAUGCCGCCGCGUGUAAAAUCUGCGCGCACGUACACGUAGACGUGCGCGCGCGUCAAUGCGCGUCAACAAUCGCCGCGACGACGACCACCGCCAGUCCGCGAGUCCCGUACGUUUUCUUCGCGGCCGAGGCUCGAGACGUGGUUCUCCGGGCGCCGCGUGAAUCCGCCGCCCCGCGAACACGGCGGGGAAUGACGCGCGCGGACACGGCACCGCGCGACGACGAAGGUGGCGCGAUUAGUAGCGGCGUAGCGCGCGCGCGACCCCCGACUCCGUCCCGCCGCGAUGCCGUCGCCGAGCCGUCUGGACGCGGUCUACCGGAGCAUCCUGCUCACCAAGUUCUUCACCAAGGGCUGGGGCAACCCGCAAAAUCUGCGAAGAAUCUUUGAAUUCAGGAAAGUCAUCGCGAACCGGGAGGCGUGCUACAACAUGAUACCGUUCGACUACCCGAUAGAGAUAACGAAAGACGAAAUUUGGUCGGACUGUCAUAUAAUCGAGGGUCGAUUCGAGUCGCCUUUUGAAAAGCACCUCCCAGGGAUAAUGCCGGACAAGACCAAGCUGGCGUACUUUCAGGUGGUUCUACCGCCCAAAUGGAGCUCCCACAAGAUGAAGCCGGUUUGUUUACACCUGGCGGGAACGGGCGACCACUUUUUUUGGCGACGUAGAAAUCUUAUCGCCAAACCGCUACUCAAGGAAUCCGGGAUAGCGUCGAUACUGCUGGAGAAUCCGUUUUACGGCCUGAGAAAGCCAGUUGAUCAAAUACGGUCCAGUUUGCACAACGUGUGCGACAUUUUUAUCAUGGGGGGCUGCCUGAUAAUGGAGUCGAUCGUCUUGCUAAAUUGGUGCGAGCGGCAAGGAUUCGGUCCUUUGGCUCUCACCGGACUGUCAAUGGGCGGACACAUGGCAUCCUUAGCGGCUACUAAUUGGCCGAAGCCAAUCUCAUUGGUACCCUGUCUGUCGUGGUCAACCGCUUCGCCCGUAUUUACGGAAGGAGUAAUGAGCGCAUCGAUCAACUGGGCACUAUUGGAAACGCAAUAUUUCUCGGACGAAAUGUACCAAAAUGAUCUCGCGAAAAUGGUGAAAAUUAUCGAUCACGACGAUGCUUUUUUAGCCGGCCAACAUUUCGCGAAGCAUUAUCCUGCGAGCAUGAAGAGGGUAGACAAGCUGAGAGAAGAGAGUAACGGAGACAAUAAUACUACGGGUGAUGCAACCAGUACAAAUUCUAUCGAUAAUCCUAGCGGCGUUAACGUUACCGCCGAGUCCAAAAGUGAUAGCAGUCAGUUGCAGUGUCUGAUUGCGGAGGAGAAGGCGGCGGCCAAAAUAUUUCCCCUGAACCUGAUUUCCAGCAAGUUUAAACCGAAGGAAUCGAAUGCUCUCAAGGGAGUUUGCUUAUUACCAGUGCCGAAGCAUCCGCUGUUUUCAGACAACAAGUGGCGCGAGCACGAAGCGUUGCAAUUUAUGCGCGGCAUAAUGGACGAGUGCACGCACUUGACAAAUUUCGAGAAGCCGGUUGACACGGAAUUGAUCAUCGCCGUGUGCGCCAAGAAUGACGCUUACGUACCGCGAGACAGUUGCAUGAGUCUGGAAACCAUCUGGCCGGGGGCUGAGAUUCGUUACAUCGACGCUGGACACGUUAGUGCGUACCUUCUUCAUCAGAAAGUCUUCAGAUCUACAAUAGCGGAAUGUAUCCAGCGAUCUUUGAAAAAGUAUCCUGUGGAGAUCAGUUGAUAACUUUGCAAAUUGCACUACAAUGGAUGUACAUUAUCUCGAGACUGUCGUAAAUGUGACUAGGUAACGAAAUAUUUUUUUCCAAAUUUAUGAUCGACUACAUUUUUCUACGCUUAGAGAUCUCGGUGUGCACAAACAUGAUCUAUUUUUAAAUCGUGGUAACUAUCUGCUACAAAAGAGUACAACUGUUCCAGUCAAUUUAAUCGAGUAUAAUCAUUGAUGUUAAUAUUAGUGCAUAGAAUGAGUUAGCUGCCAAUAAAACAAGUGUUCCUAUAUUAAAACAAUAAUGCAGUAGACACAAGGUCUUCACACUCAUAUUCACGUGUGUGAGGUAUUCUAUUUUAACUCAAGAAAUCAAAUAACUCAAACUAUAGUUGAUUAGGAAAACAUGUUACAAAUUACUUGGUUUCUAGGAAGACGCGAAGCGGUGAUUUUAGUUUGAGCUCGACUCGUCCUCGAAAUCGACUACUUUGCUCGUUCAAGCUAAACCAUAUAAAGUUCUUGUGAUACGAUUCCCCUUGAUACUCUGAUAUUUUUUGUAGAAAUAUAAAAGCAAUGCCAUUCACAUAAAAGUACAUCUUACGAGAUAUUUGAUGUCGCACUACGUUAGAAUGAAGUACUAAAUAUUUCUUAAGCUAUAUUAAUGCCUCACGAAUUUUACACGUGGAAUAUUAGGGAAAGUUGUAAAUUGUAAAAAUUUAUACGGUUUAUUUUGAGGAAAGUGAAACUUGUAUAACUUCGAGGAUGCUAGACGAGAUCAAACUAGGGUCACUAUUUCAUAGUGGAUUUGCUCAAAGCCAAGUAACUCUUGUCCGUUCGCAUGAAAAUUGAACACGGCACAUCUAUAUGUAAAUAAAUAGAUAUAUAUAUAUAUGUAUAUAUAUAUG